AUGGGCCGGACCGUGGUCGUGCUGGGCGGAGGCAUCAGCGGCUUGGCCGCCAGCUACCACCUGAGCCGCGCCCCCAAAGCCCCCAAGGUGGUGCUGGUGGAGGGCGGCGAGCGCCUGGGAGGCUGGAUCCGCUCCGUGCGAGGGCCCGGCGGCGCCGUCUUCGAACUCGGGCCCCGAGGAAUUCGGCCCGCGGGGGCGCGGGGAGCCCGGACUCUGCUUCUGGUGUCUGAACUGGGCUUGGCCUCAGAAGUGCUGCCUGUCCGCGGAGACCACCCGGCUGCCCGCCACCGGUUCCUGUACGCGGGCGGGGCCCUGCACGCGCUGCCCGCCGGCCUCAGGGGGCUGCUCCGCCCGUCGCCUCCCUUCUCCAAGCCUCUGCUUUGGGCCGGGCUGAGGGACCUGACCGCCCCGCAGAGCAGAGACCCUGACGAGACUGUGCACAGCUUUGCCGAGCGCCGCCUGGGACCGGAGGUGGCGGCUCUGGCCGCAGACAGUCUCUGCCGCGGAGUGUUUGCAGGCAGCAGCCGGGAGCUCAGCGUGCGGUCCUGCUUCCCCAGCCUCUUUCAAGCCGAGCAAGCCCAUCGCUCCGUGUUACUGGGGCUGCUGCUGGGGACAGGGCAGAGCUCACAGCCAGACUCGGCACUCAUUCGCCAGGCCCGAGCUGAACGCUGGAGCCAGUGGUCACUCCGAGGAGGGCUGGAGAUGCUGCCCCAGGCACUUACCACCCACCUGACCGAGAGGGGGGUCACUGUUCUCAGAGGCCACCCGGCCUGUGGGCUCAGCCUCCAGGCGGGACGCUGGAAGGUGUCUCUGGGGGAUAGCUGCCUGGAGGCCGACCACGUGAUUAGUGCUCUUCCAGCUUCAGUGCUCAGCAAGCUGCUCCCUGCCGAGGCCGCACCUUUGGCGCGCGUCCUGGGCACCAUCCGGGCUGUGUCUGUGGCCGUGGUGAACCUGCAGUACCAAGGAGCCCAGCUGCCAGUGCAGGGAUUUGGACAUCUGGUGCCAUCCUCAGAAGAUCCAGGCGUCCUGGGGAUUGUGUACGACUCAGUUGCCUUUCCCGAGCAGGACGGGAGCCCCCCUGGCCUCAGAGUGACUGUGAUGCUGGGAGGUUCCUGGUUACAGGCGCUGGAGGCCAGGGGCUGUGCCUUUUCUCAGGAGCUGUUCCAGCAGCAGGCACAGGAAGCAGCUGCCACACAGUUAGGACUGAAAGAGCCCCCGAGUCACUGUCUGGUCCAUCUGCACAGGCACUGCAUCCCCCAGUACACACUCGGCCACUGGAGGAAACUGGAGUCAGCUGCCCACUUCCUGGCUGUUCACAGGCUGCCCCUGACCCUGGCUGGAGCCUCCUAUGACGGAGUGGCUGUCAAUGACUGUAUAGAGAGUGGGCGCCAGGCAGCAGCCCGGUCCCUGGGCUUAGAACUUGACCCAUGA